AACCCAACAGACUUUUUUAAGGUUUCUAUAUAUCCACCGCUUUAAACAUGUUGAGAAGUUCCAGAAUUGCCACCGUCAGACCUGUCAGAGCCUUUAGCUUAUCUGCUUCUUUUCACAAAUGGAAUGAUAUUCCUUUGGCUCCCCCAGACAAAAUCUUGGGGAUCAGUGAAGCUUACGUGAAAGAUUCAAACUCUAACAAAAUUAACUUGGGAGUUGGUGCCUACAGAAACAACAGCGGUAAGCCAAUUAUUUUCCCAUCAGUCAAGAAGGCUGAAUUGGUGUUGUUAGAAACUGAAACCGAAAAAGAGUACACCGGUAUUACUGGUAACAAGAAUUACCAGUCACUUGUCAAGAACUUCAUUUUCAACAACAGUGGAAAAGAUGCCGCCGGAGAAGAAUUGAUCAGUUCGGGCAGAAUCGUCACUGCCCAAACCAUUAGUGGAACCGGUUCGUUGAGAGUCAUUGCUGAUUUCUUGAACAGAUUCUACUCCAGCAAAAACGUUAUUGUGCCAAAGCCAACCUGGGCCAACCAUGUGGCAGUCUUGGCCGAUGCUGGCUUGAACCCAAGCUUCUACGCUUAUUACAACACCGAAGUCAAUGGCUUGGACUUUGACAACUUGUUGGACUCGAUCUCUAAGGCUGAAGAUGAGUCUGUCAUUUUGUUACACGCUUGUUGUCACAACCCCACCGGUAUGGACUUAACUCCUGAACAGUGGGAUCAAGUGUUGGAAUUGGUGGUCAAAAAGAAUUUGUUCCCAAUGGUCGACAUGGCCUACCAAGGAUUCGCUUCGGGUGACCCAUUCAAGGACAUUGAGCUGAUUAGAAAGUUGAACAAGUUGGUGGUUGAGGGUAAGAUCAAAUCCUACUCUUUGUGUCAAUCAUUUGCCAAGAACAUGGGAUUGUACGGUGAAAGAACCGGCUCUAUUUCCAUUAUCACUGAAUCUCAGGAACACUCAAAGUCAGUUGAGUCCCAAUUGAAGAAGUUGAUCAGACCAAUGUACUCUUCUCCUCCAAUCCACGGUUCCAAGAUUGUAGAAACAAUCAUGUCAAACCCAGAAUUGUUGCAAGACUGGUUGAGUGACUUGAAUGAUGUGGUGGGAAGAUUGAAUGCCGUCAGAACUAAAUUGUACGAGAAAUUGGACAAGCUGAUCUAUAACUGGGACCACUUGAAUCAGCAAAGAGGUAUGUUUAUCUACACUGGUUUGAGCAAGGAACAAGUUAUCAAGUUGAGGGAAGAAUACUCUGUUUAUGCUACGGAAGACGGAAGAUUCUCUAUCUCUGGUGUCAAUGAUGCCAAUGUCGACUACUUGGCAGAUGCUAUGAACAAAGUCAUUAGAGGUUAAUCCGAGUUUCUGGGGGUUCAAAAAAUAUAAUAUAUGAGCUAUUAGUAUCUUGUAGGGUGACGCUACUGGCCUUUUAU